CUACGGGUAGAAUUUCAGUGGAGCAGAAAAAUCUUGUUGUAUACACUGUCUCGGCGAGCCUUGUCUAGUGAGCAACGACAGUUCCGAAUAUCCUACAAUGGGCGCCUUUACGGAUGUAGCUUAUAACGUGGUUAUGAUUUUCUACUACAUCAUUAAAGCAGUUGUAGUGCCUUGGAUUCCCAUCAAGUAUCGUUCGAAAGACAUUUCUGGACAAAUUGCCCUUGUCACCGGGGCCGGUGGCGGAAUUGGUCGACUGUUGGCCAUUGGUCUAUCGAACGAGGGAUGUAAAGUUGUGUGCUGGGAUGUAGCCAAGCAAGCGAAUGAGGAAACCGUUCGAUUGAUUCACAUGUCGAAAGGACAAGCUUUUGCCUAUCAAGUGGACUUGAGUAAACGUGAAGAGGUUUACCAAAUGGCCCAGCGGGUAAAACGAGAAGUCGGAAAGGUUUCUAUUUUGGUGAAUAACGCUGGGGUAGUUUCGGGUAAAGUACUUCUCGAUUGCUCGGACGAACAGAUCCAGCGGACUUUUGACGUUAACGUUCUAGCUCAUUUUUGGACUGUCAAAAGUUUCCUACCUGAUAUGAUCAUGCAAGAUAUGGGCCAUAUUGUUACCGUCGCCAGUUUAGCUGGUCUAACCGGAAGUGACCGAUUGGUGGAUUACUGUUCGUCCAAAUUCGCAGCUGUCGGAUUCGACGAAUCGCUCCGGACGGAACUGGCUAUUGAUGGACGGAAAGGAAUCAAAACGACGGUGGUAUGUCCAUAUCUCGUCAAUACUCCACUUUUCGCGGGAGCCAAAUCAAAGUUUUUACCCGCUUUGGAACCGGAGGACGUAGCUCAAGCAGCUAUCAAUUCCAUUUUAACAGAUGAAGAAAUGUGCGUCGUUCCGCGCUAUAUCUCUUGUUUAAUGAUUUUAAAAAGAUUUUUACCGGUGAAAGCUCAGAUUGCUUCUCACCGCGCUUUGGGACUUGGGGAAAUGAUGAACAAUUUUGAAGUUGCCAAACCAAAACACAACUAAAAAUUAAAUUGCACGAAAUUAGUGAUAACGGUUAUACGGAUAUUAUGUGGAAAGAUCUUUUCUUUUGUACCGUUAAUCGUAUUUCCUUAAUUUUUUUCCUUUAAUAAAAAUGCAAAUACACCGUUAUUAUAAUUA